AUGAUAAAGCCGCAGCAGAGCAGCUGAAGGGAAGCUGUGAGUGCACCGAGGUUCUCCUUCCGCUGUCCGUAUGCGCAGAGAGCAGUCUGAUAUCGCUGGGGGGAAAAUGUCGUGCAGGCUGUGGAAAGAGACCCUAGCUCUGGCAGAGGACUACUUGUCCCUGUGCUGCACAGGCCCACAGCCAGCACCUCCACCUCCCAGCGAGUCAGCCGCUGCCAUGAGGCGCCUGGCUCACGACAUGGAGACGCAGCACCAGGCUCGCUUCCACUCCCUCGCUCAGACCUUCCUGAGGCAGUGUGGGCCGGACCCCUGCUCCAGCCUCAGGAAGGUGAUGGAGGAGCUGGUGGGAGAUGGACAUUUGAACUGGGGGAGGGUUGUUUCCCUUUUCACCUUUACUGGGGUGCUGGCCAGACAGCUGCUGGAGCAGAAGGGCAUAAAGCCGGGGCUGGACCCUGGGCAGGGGCAGGAACCGGGACAGGAGCCUGGAAACUGCAGGGGACUGGCAGAGACCAUAGCUGAUUACUUGGGAGACGAGAAGAGAGACUGGAUGCUGGAGAAUGACGGAUGGGAGGGGUUCUGCAAGUUCUCCUGCAGUGCCAGAGAGGUGAAUCAGGACUCGUCCAUGAAGACAGCGCUGUUUGCUGCUGCGGGUGUUGGCCUCGCUGGACUCACUUUCCUCCUGGUGCGCUAGCUAACCCCGUACAUCCUUAACACAUCCUCAUCCAUGUUCUCAUUUCAUUUGGCACAGUUAAGUAGACAUUUUGAAUUCUAACAUCAAUGCUGCAAAUUAAAUCUGAAGUCAAUUCAGGGUUGUAAUCUCAAGUCAACUGAAUGUUUGCACAUACUCAGACUCUCCCUGCCACACACACACACACACACACACACACACACACACACAAACAAAUACUGACAUUUUGUCACUCGCUCCUUAAGAUUGUAUAAAUGAUCUAAUGCCUUCAUGAAUUUUGGAGUAAGUGACAUCAACUUACAUAUCUUAAACAGUUGAACUACAAAAGCACAGGUUUCUGCACAGAAUCAUCUUGCUCUCAAAAGUUUUGUAUUUUCAGCAGUGCAGCUAAACUUCAAUUUCCCCACAGCUUUUGGUUUUGAUUUUACAAAUUGUCAGCUGCCUUUUUAUUCAUGUGUUUACCUAAGUUGUGUAUGUGGUAUAGAGCCGUGUACAAUGUAUAAAUUAAUAUAUUAUAUUUAUAUGAAAUGGAACUGUAAGCAGUGGCCCUUUUUUUUCUAACCACAGCUAAUGCAGCUGUUCCACUGUUUUCAAGUCUGUCCUGCAUUCAUGUGAAAUAUCUGUGAUUUCCAUGGGUCAGCCAAGCUGAGUACAGCGCUCAUGACAACACAACACAACACAACGGUGCUAUGAUAUGUUGUGAAAUGUUUCUCACGUCGAUCUACCAAACCAGGGACCAAUCUGAUUUCAAACAUAUUGCUAUUUGAACAAACUGCAAUGGCACCCCCCCCCCCCAACAGAUCUCUUAAACAUUAUAUUUUUA